AUGCCUCCGCUUUCUUCUAGACUAAAUAUCCGAAACCUAGAUAACUCCGACCAGGAACAGGGCACCCGGGAAACGAAACCGGGCUCUCUGGGCUCCAGUGACACUGAGGUGAAGAACCUGUCCAUACCUAUUCAUAAGAGCAAAGAGCCUGGCGACAGAGAGCUGUCCAACGAUGCCAGCAACGAGACUUCUGACUCCGACAAGCUGCUUUCUCAUCUGGCCCCUUCUGCCACUGACCUGACCGAAAAUGGUUUGGUUGACGGAGAAGGCUACGAUGAGGAGGACGAAGAUGAGCAUGAGAACGAGUCUUCCAAGCCUGGCAUCAAGAAGAAGCUCAAGCAAAAAAAGUUUUUUUGCAAGAUCUGCAACCAGGGCUUCACCCGCAAACACAACAUGGUUUCUCACGAACUCAUUCACCUGAGCUCCAAGCCACAUGUGUGCACUGUGUGCGAUUUAUCCUUUCGCAGAAUCCACGAUCUCAAGCGUCAUGAAAAGCUACACCUGGGCGAGAAGCCUUUCCAUUGCGAGAAGUGUCUUCGUCGUUUCGCCAGAACCGAUGCGCUUACUCGUCACUUGAACUCGCCAAACGCUUGUCCAGGAAAACCUCAGCCGAGCCGGGCUCUGCUGAAGAACGAUAUCUUUGCUGGAUCCAAGUCCGAAACGAAACCGCAAAUCCAGGCCAUCUCUUCCUCAUCGUCAUCGUCAUCGGUGGCACCAGACGUUUCUUCGCUCAAGGCGGCUACGUCAAGUGCUACCACACCUAUGGAAGGCAAAUCGGGAUCAGACAACUCAGGCAGCAUGAAGACGCAAGCCUUCGCUGGUGCUCCCAGAAGCCUCAGCUCUGAGUCUCUGGGCAGCUUGUCCGACACCAUCAAGAAGUCCAACUACGACCUCAACCGUUGGAGAGCAUACCAGCACCAGCAGGACUCUGCGACUCCAAACUCCCGCUUUCCUUACAACACGACAACUACGACGACUACGACUACAACCACUACGGAAGGGAAACUGCGCGAUGGAGAGAAGUUGCCGGGCACCAUGUACCAUCAUGUUCGCCACCGCAAGUCUCACGAUUCCGAGAGACCUCCAGCUGCUGAGAAUUCUUCGUUUACUCCAAACGUGCCAGCACAGCCCCAGCAUUAUCACCAUCAUUAUCAUCAUCAUCACCACCACGACGAGGAACGGGCGUCCAAGGAACAGAACCAGCUCACUCCUUCUUCAGGAAGCUGGAGUCUUGCUUCUGACCGUGAGUACCGUCCAGACGGCCACUUCAGAAAGCAUGACGACUACUACCCCAAGGACAUCCGUGCUCGCAAGGAACCCAAGGGCUCUCCGCCAGUACAGCAAAUGAACUAUCCACACCCUGGCGGUGGGAACUCGCCUUACGGACCCACGGUGCCUCCAACGCAGAAUCCGCAGUCUCCUCACUUUAUGAUGCAACAAAGGCCGCUGGAAAACCACUACAACCAGCAGUUCUACAUUGUGUCAUACCAGGACGGACAGCAGCUGCCUAUGGGCAUGAGAGUUCCCUACAUUGGCGGCCACAAUCAGCCAGAAAUAGCACCUGCUCCUGGGUGGAGUCCGCAGAAGCUUGAGACGCCGGCAUCCAACGAGAGUUCAAGUGCUGCAUCGCAACCUCCCGAAGCCACACAGAGUGAUGGCCCCGUGAGGAAAUAUCCGCAUUCAAACGACAAGUUUGUGUCGAUGAAGAGGUACAAUGACUUGCUUACCUACACAAACCUGUUGCAGGACCUGCUUGCCAGUAUGGACAGCAGGAUUCGGAUGCUUGAGAAGAGCGGUACUUCGCCUACACAAGGUUACAAGAGGGAACCAGCUGAAGAUGAUUGUCCAAGAAAGCGAAGCCGGGGCAACUGA